AUGGAGCCUCAAAAGUCAUGGUCUGCAAGAUAUAAUAAUCUGGGUGAUGUAAUUCCAGGAUGCUAUGCAAUUUCCGUUACAGGAGUUUUUCCAGAGUUGCCAAAUGGAAUGAAUUAA